AUGGGUCAAACAAACUCCACUGUGAAAGUGACAUCUGAAUUUGAGCCUAACAUACCUUAAUUAUUAAUAGUUACAUAAUAAAUGUGAUGGUUGAAAAUGGUUUGGGGAAUUAAUGAAAUCUGAACAGCUGUUUUUCAGCACUAAAAUUCAUCUCUAUCCAGUCGGUGAACAUCAUCAGUCUGGAUCCAGUAGUUUCUUCUCAUUCACAGAGGAGGAUGUUUACAAAAACACGUUUAUAUUUACACCUUAACAUGUUCCCUUAAGUCAUCACGUGAACACGUCUGUGGGCCAAUCACUUAAAAGCCGCCUGUGAUUUUUCGUCCUGUAAACAUCUGAGUGGUUAAUUCAGUGAUUCUGGACUCUGAAGGACUAAUGUCGGAUCAGUCUGAUUGGAUCCACCUGCUGCUGCUGAUAUAAAACCAGGUCAUCAGAGACAGGCCUGCUUCAGACCAGGUGAGACUAAAGCCUCAGGCAUCAUGUCGGCUGUUAAAUCCGGAUCGUCUCUGCGGAGUCUGCUUCUGACCCCGGAGCGGAUCCCAGACUUCCUCAUCCCAUCCCGCAGUCCGCUCUUCACCCUCUCCCCGCGGCCAUACCGGAGCUCCCUGGAUCGGACCAGACUGCUGUCUGACCAUGAUGAGGACAGUCCAGGAGGGAGUCCCCCCGAGGUCCCACUCAGCCCCGCGGCCUCCCCUCGGUUCCUGCUCCGCCUGCCGCCGCGGAUCAAAGAUCCCCGCCGCGCUGCCGCUGCAGCGGCAGAGGAUGCGAAUGCGGACACAGACCUGACGACGCGCGCGGCAAUGUCUCUGCCUCACGUGGAGAAGGUGACCACGCCCUAUGGCUUCCGCGCUGUGCUGGCCGCAAGUCCGUGCACGCACCGGCGGGAGUCCAUGUUUCACCGGAACAAACCAGUGACCGUGACGGUCACAGACAACGAACAGCAGGAUCCGGGUCUGAGGGACCCGUCAGACCCACCUCCCCUUCCCGGCAGGUCCCGGAUCUGUCUGCGGCCCAUUAAAGCUCUGGGUCUGCAGGUGAUGAGGGAGCUGAAGAGACCUGCAGCCUCUCUGAAGGCUCUGAGUCCCGGAGCAAGGAAGACCCGCUGACAUCGCAUGAAUGUAAUCACACCUGGCAGGUGGACCAGACUGUCAGUGCAGCA